AUGCCGUUCGGUGAGGUGACGAUCACCCUAGAGGACGUUGCGACACUCAACGGAUUAGCGAUCGACGGUGAUGCCGUCAUAGUAGACAUACCAGACGAGGACUGGUCGGCUAUGUGUCUUCGACUGUUAGGACAGGCUCCUACUGAUCUUGGUGGCGGCGUCAUCCGCGGAUUACUUGGCUCAGGGAGACUGUCGAUGAGCUACCGCUUUCUGCAUCACCAGAGACGACAGAGCAGUAUGCUAGAGCGUAUGCGCUGUCUCUGA